UGUCAGAAGACCGCAGCGCUGCUCUACUUCCACCUGUUUGUUUAGUUUUUUGUUUGUUUGUUGGUUAAUAAGUAAAAGGAGGUGUCAACAAUGUACGGAUCACCGUCUCUGGAAAACAAGAACUUCAUUUCUGUGUGCCAAGAAGAAAGAGACCACUACUUUAUCAGAGAUGAGGACUGCUCCAGUGAGGAGUACGACUUGGAUUCAGAAGGCAGCGAGGAAGGUAAAGGGGACGGAGGGAUUUGCAGCUCCGUGUCCCUGGAGAUCCACGGCCUACAGAGAGAGCAGCGGGUCUACUUCUCCAACCAGGAGUACCACAGGAGGCUGGAAGAGCUGAAGAACACCCACCUGAGGAACAUGGCUGAGCUGGAGAGGAUGUACAUCAGCGAGGGCAUGGAGUGGCGAGGAGAGGACGAUGAUGGAGGUCUGGCACAAGGGAGAAUCAGAGAAGCCGGACAGUCAAUCAGGACACUCCAGAGGAUCAACUCUCAGGAGGAAUUGGACUUCCAUGAGAUGUCAAGUGGAUCUGACCAAUCAGAGAUCUGUGCAGAGGACACCAUCGGGGAGCUGGACAAUCGAUGCAGGACAUCUGCCCAGGCUCGAUCCUUUGGGAGAGCCAUCCUGGUGAGGCCGAAAGAAAUGGCAAUCCAGAAACAGUUUCCAUUCCAGCCUAAGACCCCGUGUUCAAAACCCCAGAGAAGACUAUCCUAUCAAACUGGGAUCAGAAUUGGAUCCAGCUUUAAAAUCACAGUGCCCAAACCCUUCCAGAUGAUGCUGAGAGAGGAGGAGAGGAAGAGGCACAAGGUGCGGACGCGCUCAGAGAUUGAGCUGGAGAACGUGCUACUGAGACGUGAGCUGGAGGAACUCCGAGAAUGCCAGAAAAAGUUCAGAGCAUCACCUGCUCCGGCCCACAUUCACCUGCCUCUCUACGAAAUCCUCAGCCGUCGCACUAAUCAGUGGUCAGACCAAAGCAGAAGCAGCGGUGAUAAAUGUGACCGUCACUCCAAACUCAACCAGGCCUCUGCUGCCAUCUUUCCACAGCCUUUCCAUUUCCUGGAGAGGGAGAAGAAGAAGAGGGAGGCAAAGAUUCUGGCGGAGUUUGGGAACCUUGGUCAGAAAGAGAAGCGACAGGCCUUUAAGGCUCGGCCCAUGCCCAGCGCUGUGUAUGGUACAAGACGCAAAGCAGGACCCAAGACCACAAACCGCCAGACCCUGUCUCUAACUACAUGCACAGAGGAGAGCGAGACCACCGAGGGUGCAAGUGAUCCAAACCGUCACCUGGCGCCUUAAAUUUCUCCAGUCCAAGUCCAGUGAGAUGGUGAAGGAGAAGGAGUGGUCCAACACUGACCCACUGCUCACCUCUGUUUCCAUGCAACCCAGAGCCUCUGCUUUCUAAGCAGAGGUGAGGGCAUCAACCGUACAGUGUUCAAAAAUCAAUGAGAGAAUAACAGGCGAUACAAAGUGCUCGGUUUUGUGUUUUGUAACUGUAACUUUGUCAUCAUGGUUUAUUUCUGUAUGCUAAACUGUAUCAAGGAGCACUAUGUGUUUAGGGUACACAGAUUUAUCCGUUUAUAUGUCUAUUUUGUAUGUAUGUACAGUUUUUGAGGUUCUUGUAGGUGCUUCUUUUGUUGUGGUCCACCUUAUUUUGGUCACAGAAGGGAGACGUUUUCAGAAAUGAAAUUGUAAAACUCUU